AUGGCUGUUGUUGCUCCCCCCGCUGUCGUCGCGAAUGUCACGUACAACCUCUCCCAGGAUUUCUCGGGACAAAACUUCUUCAACGGCUGGGACUUUUACGGCUCAUGGGACAACCUCACGCUCAGUAAUGUAGAGUGGGUCGACCAGCCCACGGCCUUGGCGGACAACCUCGCAUACAUCAACCCGGCCGGUAACGCGAUCCUCCGUGUCGACAACGUGACAAACGUGCCCGACAAGGGCCCGGACACCCGUAGGAACACUGUCCGUAUCACGACGAAGGACUUCUACGACCUUGGCAGUCUGUGGGUGUUCGACGCGACGCACGUCCCCUUCGGAUGCACUGUCUGGCCCGCGUUCUGGACGAAGGGCCCCGUCUGGCCCGACAACGGUGAAAUCGACAUCCUGGAGGCCGUGAACCUGAUGGACCACAACCAGAUGGCGAUCCACACGACGGACGGGUGCAUGACCUCCAACGCGAUCCAGCAGACGGGCGAGAUGGGCGCGGCGGACUGCGCGAGCAACUCGGGCUGCACCGUCGAGGAGAAGAAGCCGGCCAGCUACGGCGCCGAUUUCAACGCAGCCAACGGCGGCGUGUGGGCGACCAAGUUCGACAUUGACGGCAUCGCCAUCUGGUUCUGGAGCCGCGCGGACGUGCCCGCAGAGCUCACGGGUGCGGACAAGGUCGUCGACAUCUCGAAGUGGGGCACCCCCUCUGCCGCGUUCCCGGUUACCCCGCUCUGCGACGUCACGAAGUUCUUCACGCCCCAGCAGCUCGUCAUCGACAUCGCCCUCUGUGGUGUUUGGGCGGGCCCGACUGGCAACUACCAGCAGACGUGCCCGGGCGUGUGCGACGUGAGCGGCGUCGGCAGCCCGAAGUUCGACCAGGCGUGGUUCGAGAUCCAGUACGUGCGCGCGUACACGACGGGCGUCGUCCCGACCCCGACGCCCAGCGCGUCCAGCGUCGUCGCGAGCGCGACCGUCACGUCGCCCGCGCAGGGCACCGGCAGCUCCCAGAGCGGCUCGCAGGGCGGCAGUAGCUCGUCCGGCACGGUCGGCAGCGGGCGCCGUGGUGCGAGCGCGGGGGCGGUCGCGGUCGUGCUGUCGAUGAUCGCGGGCAUGCUACUUGCGGUGUCGUAAAGAGGGAGCGGACAAAUGGACGGACGGUGUGUUUCUGUGGUUUCUGUGUUGUGCUGAACUUCAACAAGACUCGGACCUUCUCCUCUUCUCGUUUUAAAAUCCCGACUAAUACUAUACCUUCAACAUUUACUGCCUAGUGACGACUGUUUGAUGCGCUGCCCUGCGAUGUGUUCUCGGACAUUCUACAGUACCUUCGUUCUUCACGCUGUCGUUUAUGCUGUUGCUUCACAUAUAGACUGCGCCUCCAGGAAUGACAAUCUGGACCAUUA